AUGACUGGUAAGUUUAGGAAAGAACUGGACAUAGACCCAGAGAAAAUUGAUAGCUAUGUUAGUCAGGACAUACGCGGAAUCAAAGACGAUCAAUAUUUUAAACCAUACACGCGGUAUGGAUAUAGUGCGACAUCAUCAUCAUUUCAGUUAAAUUCCGUUUCAUAUAGUAAAAUAAAAUUCGACCAUUUUCCGGUUAUAGCCAACGUAGAAAGAUUUUAUACUUAUUUCAAUGAUAAUAAGAAGCUUCCCUUAGCCUUUCAAGCUUAUACGAGUGAUCAAAGGUACCAUUACUAUACUACUGGAAAUAUCAUAAACUCUACCAAAGCGGAUGCUACAUUCGAGGAAUUUAUAACAAAGGAGGGACCAGGUAGUGGACGGACUAAAGAGCAUGAUAAAGAACUUACUUAUAAUCAAACAAUAAACGUAUUGCAAAAUAUAGAGCAAAAUGGUAAGCUUGAAUAUAGCGAUUUAGUCGAUGAAAUCAAGAGAAAUCUUUGGAGGACAAAUGAUGUAUUUUUUGACCUUUCCAAAAAGCCUCAGUCAGGAACUGAGAAAGUAACCAAAUAUAAUUCUGACACGACUGGUAUAGAAAUUAUUGUCAAGAUUGCAACAAGCGGUGGAUUUUUAAAAGUUCAACAUGACACUAAAACUAAUAAUUUUCCAUUCCAUAUUAAAGGACUUAAGGAUCCCGAUGAAAAAAUAAUUGUCAUGUCUAGUGGUUUUCCAAAUGAUCUAUUGGAGAAAUUUUCCGUGUACUAUAAAAUGGAUGAUAAGAGCUACAAGCAUCCAUUUAUGAUUAUCCUAAAUUUAUCCAAAGAUAAGGAUCCGAGAUAUCUUGAAAGUAAAUAUAUAAUAUUAAGGAACAAAACGAAUACAUGGAGCAUUCGCAGAAUUACGGUUAAUAAUUUAGAUGAGGAAAAGGAUCUUACAAAGAUAUUGAAAAGCGUUGAUAGCUCUGGGAAUGUUGAUUUUGAAAAACUAGAUUCUGACCUUAAGAAUAAGCUUACAGACGUCACAGAAAAUCUUCUCAUAGAUCUAACAAAAACAACUGAAGAACGUGGUACCUAUAAUUCUGAUAAAAAAAUCAUCCCUUACAGAAAAAUUGUGAGUACUGGCUACUCAUUUAUUUCACACGCUGAUACAUUUAAUGGGUUUACCGUUACUGCAAUUAAAGUGACUACUCAGCAUUCCAUAAAUUCUCAAGAUCUCAUUCCUAAACGUACUGAUAGACUAGAUAGACUCAAGGUAUUCUAUAACGGAUCAACUACCAAGGAUCCGUCGCUCAUCUACUUCUUGUACAGUAGUGGGAAGAGGAAUUGGAUAAGUAGACAUCUUGGAGAUACCACUUGGAAAGAACAGAAGGAUCAUCUUCCAACUAGUGAUGUAGAUUCUGAGAAGAUUAGAUCACUUCUUGAGAAGCUAAAGAUUCCUAAUGUUCAAAUAGAUCUUUCUAAGCCCAAUACCGGUAAUAGUACAUAUCAGCCUGAGGAUAAUACUCUGAAGUUCAAGGUUGAAAGUAAGCAAGAUCCUCCUGACUCUGGGUUCUGGAAGUUCAUGUAUACUAUGACUCAAAACAAUCAACCUUUUACAGUUGAGAGUGUUAAGCACGGUAAAACUCCUCUAAAUGGUAUAUCCCCUCCUGACAAAUUACUUAGUAUCUCAGUCUAUUACCUUGGAGAGGAUCCCGGAGAUGUAAAGAAACUCCUCCUGGUUGAAGUGGCAUUAAGUGGGAAUUCCAAGUACCUAUACUAUGAAAAGAAAGAUGAGAAUGCUAAUUGGACAGUGUUAUCUACACAUGAACAAGGAACUAAACUAGAAGGUUCUCUUCUCACCCAAAAACUUAACCAGUUAAAGGAGAAACAACAUCCUAAAAAACAUGAAACCAAAAAAGAAAAAGAAAAUAAAUCUGAAUCUCAAGAAAAGAAGGAGGAAGAGCUUACGAAGGAAACUCACAAUGGAGGAACUUCCAGACAAGACUCAUCUGGUAACAAUUCCUCUUCCUCUGAAUCGACUGUAGCUUCACCUCAAACUUCUAGUAAUGCUGGUAAAAUAGCUGGUGGAGUAAUAGGAGCUCUACUUUUCAUAGUUCUCACAGCCCUACUCGUUAAGAAAGUUGGACCCGCUGUAAGAGCCCAAUUGGAAAGCAGAAAUCCUCCAUUGUAG